UCGAUUUGUCGUCAGGCCACGUCCACUAUAAAUACCGGCGGCUCGCAACACAUCGCUGAUAAAAGGCGAGAUUUUUGGUGGAAAGUGUGCGUUUGAUUAAACAAAGAAGAGGAAAGACAAAAUCUUGCAAACGAACAUCGAAAAAAACACGCGCAUGACUGACUUAGAGUUCAUUUAAGGUAUUUUAGGAAGAUCUUUUUCGAUUGCAUUAAUCCUGCUUUCUGCAGUUACAUUUUUCUAUUCUUUUCGUGAAACUCGAUACGCUAUAAAAUAAAGCAACGAACCCUCAACGCAAGAGCUACUUCUAGCUCUAGUUGAAUACUUCGUCGAAGCAAACUAUCGCUUGCCACCUUUUGGAAGAAAGGAAACUAAGAGUUAUAUCCACUGGACAUCAUGACGACGUCGAAAGCGAUGCUGACAGGCAAAAGGCCGAACUUGACGAGCUUGUGGUCAUGGUGUCUUGUUGUCCUCACAAUUCUUGCAGCCUGCAACGUUGGUUUUUCAGAAGCACAGCGGUAUAACAGGAUAUUUGGACCUAUGCUGGGUAAAAGGACACAAACAGAAUCAGCUGGAGAAGAAGUCUUUGAUUUUAAUGUGCCAGAUGACUCGCAAAAGACUGAGACGAGUGCGUUUGAUUUUGCAAAAUCGACAACAUGUCCGUUGGAUUCUCUCUUCAUGCAACUGACACCCGAAUGGCAACAGAUGAUUAUGAAGAUGAUGCGACAAGCACGCUACAAGAGCUAAGGAACAGUCGUCAAUGUUUAAACAAAAACUCGAAAAAGGGACACAGGGGAAAUCAUCAACAACUCACGGGAGAAAUCAAAAUGGCGCACACGAGCUACUUCAAACUGCCUCCGUAUCCCUCUCAGAUCAUCCAAUGUUAACCCCGCUAUUCAAAACGUGUAGAUAGAGGGCAAGAACUGUCGUCUGGUGACCUUUUAAUGAAUGUAAACUAGUUUAAAUUCGGUUGUUUGAACGACAGUUGUGAUGAUGCUAGAAUAGAUGACGUCGUCACAGAGCCCUUUCAUAAAGCUUUCAAAAGGUUAAAAAGUCUAUUAACUUUUGUUGUUGUUGUUAGUGCUUGAUUCUCAUUCUUUUUAGCCUUAUGCUAAGGAGUUAGAAAUGGUUGGUAUAAUCGGUUUAAAGUUUAACACUGCAGUACUAUAAGUGUAUGAAUAUAUGAAUAGAAUUUAGGCCUAACGGAAGUCUUGUAAUUUGAGUUUUAUAAUUACAUUUAUUCGCUUUGAGAUUUACCAAUGAUGUAUAUAGGCCUGCUUUUUCCAACCCCUCUCCAUGCAAGCCCUCUCCCAUCGAGAGAAAAGGUGAUAAGAAAUUAAUAGAAGUGAGAAGCAUUGAAUCUUCACUUGUAAAUAAGAAUUAUUUAUUGUCGGUCUGUCUCAUUUUUUGGUUGAACACUUCGUUAAGUUCGUUGAUAUUAAACACUUCUGAGUGUGCGACUCUGGUAUCAUAACCUAAGCAUAUAUACACCCUAAUUGGACAAAGCAAAAAACGUACAAUUUUCUUUUUAUAGUGUGUUCUCUUUAGAAAACCAAUACUGAGAUACUUCAGAUUCUGCUGGGAGUCUUUAACGUCGGCAUCGUAGAGAGUGUGAUGUUGUAUAGCUGUGGAAGAAAUGUGAUCACAUGAUAGUGUCCAAUUUGCAAUUCAUGAACCCCUGAGAAAAGAAGGCAAACAUAGGAUGAGUGGUUAACCCCUCCCGAACUCUGUCCAGUUUUGGAGUGAUGUGAAGUGUAACCCUAUCCCAGAUUUCCCUAUAAAUCGAUGGCAUAAGUAUCCAAUGUGGAGUUGGACUAAGUAGUAACAAUCAAGCCUUCUUUCCCUCCCAUUUUAAUCCAGUGAAUGUCUACGUUUUCUUCUUGUCUUUGUUCAUAAUAAUCCAUUUACUGUCCCAGACAAUACAAAAUUAAAACAUGUAUACAUUUUGAAAGGAAAUGAGAUUUGGCAAACAUUCAGUUUCUUCCAUUUUUCAGACAAAAUAAGCAAAGCUCCUAGUCUCCUUGAUUAUGAAUAUUCGGUUUAAGUUCUCUUAUUUUCCAGCUUGAUGUACAUUCCCUUUUUUUUUGGCAUUACAAAUACCUGAAAUAGCUCGUGUGACAAGUUGCUGUAUUGUAUUUCAUUAUAAAAUGGAAAAAGGGCUUAUUAAGAACGAUAUAUAAUAUGUUCAGUAAGAAAAAAGGCAAGAAAAAGUAAGUUGUUAAGUUUGUUUCAUAAUGUCGUGAUUUCGCUUAUAACUUUUGGCUUGAAGAAGAAUUAUAAGUGUAAAUUAAUACUGGAUGUGUAUACUGCUUCUUUCAUGGAUACAAAGAUAUCAAUUUCUGAGAUGAUUAACCGCUUCUAAGUCUGUAUAUUAGAGACUCGUAACGAAUGCAAAUUAUAUAAGAAUACGAGAUUAUUUGAGUGAACUUAAAUUUGAAACAUUUCGUGUAUUCGUUCUAACAAGAUUGAGGAAAUUGUAAUUCCAUUAAUUAAACCGGUUAAUGACUUGAAUUGGUUUUCGUUUCGCGUGUAAUUUUAUUCUUGAAUGUAUAGUAUUUUUAUGUGGAGAAAAAUAUUAAUGUAUUACAUUGUGGAUAAACGCUCAAUGCCAUACAUUAUUUUCGAGGUUCAAUGUAAUAUUUUUCAGCCUCGAUCUCACCUUGAUAUUAAAAGAGAACAAUAAAUUUAUCUGAAAACUUAAGAAUUUAAUGAAUCCAUGACUUCAUCAUGAAUGUACAGAAUAGGAGGGUCGAACAUUAUUUGUCCAUAAAGUUGUUUCCAAGAAGUACAGACUUCUUUCGUUUGUCAAAUAAUUUUGUU